ACUUUGACACAUUGACAUUUAACAACCAAGAUGUGUCUACUACCCCAAAAUGUGUUUUUCAAAAAUUAUAUCUCAAUUAUCUAUCAAAAUAUUUUUUAUUGAACAUGUACAAUAAGUAUUUUUUUAGAUUCCAGUAUCUUUACUGAACACAAUCUAUUUUAUAUGCAUUUUAGAAUAAUUUUCUUUGAUGUAAGAUGUGCCAAUAGCAGAAUAAAUAGGCCCAACCAGUGAAAAGCAAAUGACUGUUUAUAACCAACUGUUUGCUUCUUGAACGUCUCCUAAUAAAUAAUCGGUUACUGUAAUAUUCCUUGACAGCGGUUUACACAACAAAUCUAACUAAAGUUAGUUUAAACGUCGGGCUUUGUAGCGUAGACACAAACUUUCAAAAUAUUGUGUUAUGUGUUGACUGUUUUGGGAAAUUUAGGAAAUGUGAAAUAUGAAUUUAGAACUGUUAAAAAGUGGAUAUUUUUCGAUGGCAUAGUGGUUACUGUUGUUAAUUUUUAUUACAGUUUGAUUGCAUAUUCGAUACAUAAUGCCAUCGGCUCGACUAACUCUCCGUGAAGAGGACGUCGUCCGAUUGGCACUGGAAUUUUUAUAUAACCGCCAAUUACACAUUUCCCAAUUGAGUUUGGAAAGAGAAACGGGUGUAAUAAACGGAAAUUAUUCUGACGACGUGCUGUUUCUAAGGCAACUCAUACUCGACGGACAAUGGGACGACGUUCUGGAGUUCAUACAACCUUUGGAGGCGUUGAAGGCCUUCAAUAUGAAAAAGUUCAGUUACACUAUAUUAAAACACAAAUAUAUCGAAUUGCUGUGUAUAAAGUCGGAGGCGAAUAUCCAAGGUAACAGUGUCGACAAUGCCGUGGAAGAAGUAGUUAGUGUUUUAAACGAAUUGGAAAAAUACUCAGCUUCAAAAGAAGAAUACUCUACUAUGUGUUUAUUACUUACUCUUCCAAGGCUGUCAGAUCAUUUACAAUACAAAGAUUGGAACCCUAGUAACGCCAGAGUACAAUGUUUCCGAGAAGUUUAUCCUUUGGUUGCUGAAUUCUUAUUGGGAGACAGAAAACCAGUGGACGGAAAUGUUAACUGUAGCGCUCAAAACGACAGACUGAUUCAACUUAUUAUUAAAGGUAUAUUAUAUGAAUCCUGUGUGAACUAUUGCCAAGCCAAAGCAACUGGUAGCACAGAUACGCAGGCCAAUGAUAUGAAUUUCAGUAAAUUGUUAGACGGUAGUAUAGGUUUCAGUGAUUCAGAUUUGAGUUUAUUGUCAUGGCUUCAAAGCGUUCCUCCUGAGACGUUUUCUGUACCUUUUGAACAACGCACUCUAAACGUUGACGUCGAAAGACUCGAGAGACCCAGCUUGGAAACAUCUUGGACUGAACAUAUGUUAGUGACACCUAUAAAACCCAAAACGUUUCCUCAUUCGGCUAUGCCAUUUACGAGACCUCGAUCGGCUGCUGAUAUUAUGUCAAGAUCGUUGAUGUUACCAAUGGGAGAUGGUUUGCCGUUUGGGUUAACUCAGAAUAACAAUCUUUCAACGUCGUCAAAAAUGAUGGCGCUUAGUACCGGUGAUAUUGGAUUGAAUAGGCCUAUGUCCAGAAGUAGUUUUGCUAGUUUUCAUUUAACAGGUUUAAAAAAUAGUAGAAAUAUGAACACAUCUGUGGAUCGAUUGUUUGAGAAUGAUGGUGAAGUUUUUCUCAGUAACAGUUAUGGAGAUUUCCAGCAACAUAUGCCUUCGAUACAAGAGCAAUCCAGCACUCCAAAAUCAAAUGUCAAUACUCUACCAAGUUUUCCGAAAAAUCCAAAUUUAGACAGAAAGUCGAACACAUCAACACCAGAACCAAAAGACAGAGACAGUCCUGCUUCCGUCGGAACUGAAAUGACACCUCGAGGCGAUUUCUUCGAUAAUAGAACUGUGUUGCCUAACGUAGUUUUUACGUCGCGCGGUGCUUCAAAUGCGGAUACUGGGGCCGUUCCCCAAAGCGCCGAUCAAAAUUAUUCGGGCGAGUUAGUUAGAGAGUUUCAUAGGACUAAACAAAAAUUACAAGAAACGCUAGUGCAACGAGAAAAAGAAAGAGAUGAAUUAAUUAGGCAGAUAAAUAGUGAGAAUCAGAAGUUGACUGGAGAGAGCAAACAGAGCGGAAGCGGUACAAAUUUAAAUAAUCCGGGCGUCAGUUUAUCUAACGGCAACUUGACAUCGAGGGCAAAACCACCAGCUUCAAAGUCUCUAAAUGGAACGGGCAUGUCCAAUUUUAGAGGAUCAUUAGAAGAUAAUACGAUAAGACAAUCGAUAGGCGAUCAGCCUCUACCUCAUACACCUUCUCGUGGAUCGCCAAGACAAGAUUUGGACAAUAGUAUAGAUAAUCAGAGACCGAAAUUUGUGGCGGUUACAACUUUAGAAGAUGUUCAAGCUGUUAGAUGUGCUGAAUUUCAUCCUGGAGGACAACUUUACGCAGUGGGAUCAAAUUCGAAGACGCUUAGAAUAUGUGCUCAUCCUAAACUUUCAGAUCUCAGGGAAGAUCAUGAAACUUACCAACCAACGGUGCUCUUCAAAAGAACGAAACACCAUAAAGGUUCCAUUUAUUGUUUGGCAUGGUCUCCCGUAGGUGACUUAAUGGCUACUGGUUCUAACGACAAAACUGUCAAAUUAAUGCGAUUCAAUUCAGAAACAAGUAACUUGGAGGGUGAUGAAAUAGAACUGACUAUGCACGAUGGUACUAUUAGAGAUUUGUGCUUCCUCGAAGAUCAGUCCAACAAAUCAAGUCUACUUAUUAGUGGCGGUGCUGGAGAUUGUAAAAUAUAUGUUACUGAUUGUGCUACUGGUACACCCUUCCAAGCUCUUAGCGGUCACACAGGUCACAUUUUGUCCCUGUACACUUGGGGUGGUGCUAUGUUCGUCAGUGGAUCCCAUGACAAGACUGUCCGUUUUUGGGAUUUGAGAACUAGAGGUUGUGUUAAUGUCGUAACUCCAAUUACCGUGCCGGGAAGUCGACAGGGUUCUCCGGUGUCUACAUUAUGCGUGGAUCCGUCUGGAAGACUUCUUGUAUCCGGACAUGAAGAUAGUUCUUGUGUACUUUACGACAUUCGAGGUGGAAGGAAUGUACAAUGUUUCAAACCACAUUCUGCUGAUGUCAGAUCAAUUAGAUUCUCGCCAUCAGCAUAUUACCUCCUAUCUGCUGGUUAUGAUAAUAAAUUGGUACUAACAGAUCUUCAAGGGGACCUUACCUUACCGUUACCGAGCGUCGUCGUUGCACAACACCAAGACAAGGUUAUAUCCGGACGAUGGCAUCCUGCAGAAUUUUCAUUUUUGUCUACAUCAGCUGAUAAAACGUCGACAUUAUGGGCUUUGCCACCCGUUUAAAAUUAACUAUACUUAAUUUGUUAAUAUUGAAAGUCUGAAUUAACAAAUACUCAUUUAAAUAAUUGCACUGUUGCACAUUAAUGUAAUAUUUUCGGAAUGGCAAUAUUCUUGUCUUUUUUAUAAUAAAUGGUUAUCCGUUAUGUUAUUUUUUUGUUAUAGUUGAGUGAAUAUGACAAAGCCCAAGAAACUACUUGUGAAUAGAUAUGAUCAAACAUAUAUACAAAAUCAUUAAUAUUUUUAUAAAACUUGGAGAGAAAUUUUUUGAAUAAAAUAAUUCAUAGCUGUAAUUCUUUGGCUUCGCUAACUUCAAUGGGAAAAAUGUACUCGACAAUAGUUCAUGAUAUUACUAGUUUCUUGAAUACAUUGACUGACGACCCCUUUAAUUAUUUUCAUCACGACGAAAAUGAUAUUUAUAUUUUUUAUUUGCAAAUAAUACAAAAGAAGCAUAGGUAGACUAGUACAAUAAACCACAGAAGAAUGAAUUGAGGCUAAGAAUUGAUUGACAAUGAAUUAACGUAAAUGAAGAAAUCCGAAAGCUGUUGACAUGCCCAAUUCAAUAGAAAGACAUUCUAUAACUAGGUGAAAUGAUUCAUAUUCUCCAUCAGUUUCUGCUUCCUGAAACAGAAAGAAGUUGGUCACUGAAAACAAUCAAUACUUGACACUAAUAUUUAAAUUAUGAAAAAAAUUGUUGGUUCAAAAUAUUCAUUUGAUGUACUGGAAUGAGAUUCCACUUCAUUAAUACCUUUUCCAUUUAUUGUAUUCAUAAAUUCAGUUUCAGGAAUUUUUGAUAUUGCUCUUAAUUACCUAAAUUUAUACUAUAAUAAAAAACUCUCUCAGCUAAUUAAAUUUGAAAAUGCUGAAUUUUUAUUAUUCUGUUUUUUGCCGUCAUACACACUUUCAAUAACUUUUUAUUUCCUCAGGAACUUUGGACAAAUAUUUAUCACAUUUUCCUUUUCUUCAGUUAUGUAAUAUUUGUGUUUGUUUUAGCAAUCAGUUAAAAUUAUAAUUUUAAAUUUUACAGAAUUUAUUAAUCACCAAUUAGACGAAGAAGUAUUGCACAAAACAGCCGUUUGAACAAGUUAGAUUCUUUACUUUCGUUUUCUAAAAAUUAUUUUAAACGAAUAUCCACAUUGUCUCUUGUUUUUCCCCUCAAAAAAUUUGAGUUUUUCAGAAAAAAUUUUGUUUAAUAACAUUGGUAGUGAACUCAUUUACAACACCUAGAAACUCAUCACAUUCAUAAAUGUGCCAACAUUAUAGAUUGCUUUUUGAUACGUUUGAUCUAAAGUUAUAAGAAAACUUCCGUGAAUGACGUCCAUGUUAAGUUUACCAUAUACCAGGUGGCGAAAAUGUGGUUUCCAAUAUCAAAAUCGAGAAGAACUAGUUGACAUCCAAGUACCAGUACACCAGAUAUUCUGAGGUUAUUUUCCUUUUUAUAUCUGUGUUAUUAACAUGUUUAUAUGACAUGAGUACAAUGCAAAUUCAGGCAUUUCAUUUGAAUGAAAUUCUAUUUACUUAUUCACACUGGCAAUUAAUAAUUCAACAUAUUCAACAUAUUUUUGUCAAUUGUUCGAUAGGAGAUUCACUAUCGCUCGAUAAAAACUGCAUGCGUUUUCGACGUACUAUCGUCAGUAUUACUUUCCAAUUCAUCGUCGUUUUCAUAAUUUUCAUUCUCUAAUUUACUGUAAUCGCUGUUACCAUAUAGCUUUAAUUCUACUCCAUUGAAACUGUCAUAAAAUGAAUUUUUUAAUUCGGACAUCUUAAAGAGCCUAUCAAAAAAAAACAGGGAUAAAAUAAUUAUAAGUGUAACUUUAUUUUACAACUGUAAAAUGUCAAAAACAAACGAGGCAAUUAUUUUCGAUCAACGCCAACUGGCUGGGGUACCACAAAAACCAACGCCUGCUUCUCAAAUUCAGAUAAUGAGUCUGAAAGUCUCAAUCGUCAAAGAAUUAACUUUAGCAACAGACCAAGGUUUCUUGAUUGGAUCGUUUUUCCUACUUUCGGUGUAAAAUUGUUGCUAUUGUUUGUUGAACUACUUCUAAGUGAACCGUAUGGUUCUUUACAUGCAUAUCAUUGCUAUUAUCGUCAAUUUCUCUCUAAUAUAUACCUAGCGAGAUUAUGUUAUCGUUAACGUGCGAUUUUGACUAACUCUUAUCCGGCAAAUUGUAAAAUGCCUCAAUAUCAUCAGGCAAACUGAGAUACGUUGAUUUCCACACAUGUUAUACAAGGACAUAUUGUCAAAUUGCCUAGAAUUGUCUAAUCAUAACGCAACAAAGUUCUCAGGAUCACGUUUUGCCGGUUUUUUGUCAAAUGCCUCGGACUCUUAACAAAUGCCUGAAUUUGAUUUGUGCCUACGACAUAUAUAUUCUUAUAUAUAUUUUUUAAAUCACAGUAUUAAAAACUUUUGACAGCCAGCUAUACUUUAGUGUUUUUUAAUUAUACAAUUCUAGUAUUAUUUCCGGUAUACUAAUGAAAUUCGAUCAUAUAUAUUUAAAUUGAUGGCAGAAACAUGAGCAAAAUUAGUGGCAGAUUUUUUUGAAGAAAUUAUUGAUAGUUGAAUAUUAGUUGGAACAUUUCAAAAAUGUUAUUUUAAUAUUUUUUGUUGGUGGUUUUUUAAUCUAUUAUAGUGCACUUCAAAAAAUAACUGUACUUUUGUUCAAAUUUGAUUAAUUUUCUUGUAAACCGAGCUUAAUUAAACGUGCAAUUUACACAUUUUAAAGAAAAAACUAUUGAAUUAUUUUGAUAUUGAUAUUAAAUUAAAUAAAUAUUAAAUAAACGAUUGACAUUUGAAUAAUUACUCAUUUGCAUCAUAUAGUAACCAAAACCUAGUUGAAUGUCACUCGAAUAUUUUUGACAUUUUUUAGAAAAAAAAAAUAGGCAAACUAUGUGUAAUAUGUUUAUGUAGGGUAUUUGAAUAAGAGCGGACUUAUUUGUUAGUGUUAACCAUUAUUUUGCUAUAAUUCAGUAUGAUAGUGGAGAUUGGAACUCUCCGAUCAAAAUCAUUUUUAUAUCUGCAAUUCAAUUCACAUAUAUCGAGUUCUUGUUUGUUAAUCAAUAAAAAGUUAUUUCUUGAAAUAGAACUUUAUAAGUAUCAUAAAAGAAGUUGUAAGUACUGAAUAAAUUGUCAGGAUAAAUCAAACAAGAAAAUUAAUUUUUGGUGUAAGAAGUAGAAAUUUGUGCUGUUAAUGGUAUGAAAAUAAUAUCUACCUAGUGAAAAUGUAAUAAAAAAUUUUAAAGCUUACAUUCUUCCAAGUUGAAAUUAUUAUUCAGAGGAGUAGCAAUAUAUGCAAAUAAUAGUGAAAUUCGUUUAGAUCUGUUGUUGCGUUUAUUAGUUUAUUCUUCUUUCCCUUUGUCUAAAUAAAUAUGCAGAUAUAGAAUAUUCCGGAACUUUUUUAACUGUGUCGAGAAAAUCAGAUCGGCUAUAAAAUGAGGAGAGAAGUUGAAAAGUGGAGUUUAUAAAAUCAACAUAAUUUUAAUGAAGUUAAAAACUUUCUGUUGUUUAUUAAUUUGUGUUAAAUCAGUCAUUUGUAGAUUCUUUGGACAAUCUGCGCAUAGACCUAGAAAAUAUUGUGUAUUGUGUACUGAUUGUUCUACUUACUAAAUACGUAGACUCUUCGAAAAGGAAGUUAUUUUUCUGAGAUUUUUGUGUCUCACUGCCCAAGGUGUUAGUACUACCCCUUCAUGUUCUCAAGCCUUUCUGUAAAAUAGGCAGGACAUUUUCAGAGCAGAUGUUCUAGUGUUACCAGAAUAUGCAGUUGUCCUUUGCUAUGCGUCUUAAAGUGAUGUUUGACGGGGGCAGUGACCUGUCAGAAGAGCGACCACCAGUUUGGGGUCGUUUUUGAUUAUCAUGAGAGCAU